GAUGCUCCUGGAGGUUGGUUUGCAGAAUCAGACCCAAAGUCCUCAGUCUUCAGGAUCUGUUCUUAUAGUGAUUUCUCCUCCUACAAGUUUACAGGGUUUGCUUCAUCAUGUUGUUUUCAUGUUUGAAAUGAUAAUCCAUCAUCGUUCUCAUUUCAGCUGAUAGUCAAUCAUGAAGAUGGCACAGCAAUGACGGAAUGACAACAUGUUGUUAUCUUGUUCUUCAGCCCUCCUGUCCUUGGGGCAAGUAUGCCCUCAGGGUUAUCAGCCUAUCUCGUCCACUGCUUUCUUCAGCCAGAUAAUCUGAUUUUUAAGUUGGCAUCUCAACCUUUAAUCUUUCAUUCCUCAUUCAAUCAUACAUACAUACAUACAUACAAUCACACUCACACUCCAACAUAUAUCCUGUCACAUCUGCAUUUUAAUCAUCUACUCAUUCUUUAACAUAACCAUUCUAAAAUCAGUGGGACAUGGCAGACUUCAAUAACUCUUUUCAUCCUACUGGUUAUAUCUAAAGGAAACAAACAAGAUAAGCAUGGAAGAGUGGGGGGUUCACACAUCUUAUUCCAGAGUUCAGGGAAAGAAAGUUGUACCAGCAAACUCUUUGUCUCUGGAUGUUGUUCUACAAUUAGCACAGACCUUGCAAACUGGCAGGCCUGUUUCAAUUAGCACAAACUCAGCAGGAUGAGAGAGCCGGCUGAGAGACAUAUUUCUUUCUAAUGGUCACUCCAAAUCCUGGAGUCUGCGGUGGAGUCACUCUUUCUUACAUUUCCCAUAUCAGAAAUAUACCACUUAUCUAUCCAGUCCAACACCUGGUCUGUCACCACUUUGUUUUAUCACCUUGUGUGGGCAGCAGGCAGAGGCGUCCUUAAGUAUUCAUUGGAAAUGAAAAUUAGCCAAGUCAGCCUCACCGCCCUUUGCCUGUGUCCAACCCCCAGUGCUCACAUCACAUCACCACUCACAUCACCAGCUGCUUAAUGAGGGCAAUAUAAAAACCAGCAGCAGGGCAGAACUGGGAGAUAACACCGGAUCUCUGGCAAGGACAGCCAGCCAGACAAGGGAUCCCGCCAGAUACGCUCCUCCCUGCCUCACAAAUUACGAUGGGCACCUACAAAGUCCGUGUCACCACCGGGAACUUCCUGCUAGCUGGGACGUUCAGCUCCAUCUCCAUCACCCUGGUGGGGACCCAUGAGGAAAGCGACAAGAAGCUCCUCGACAACUGGGGGAAGGACUUCAACCCCGGGGCGGUGGAGGAGUUCAAGCUGUGCAGCCGGCGCUGGCUGGGGGACAUCGUCCUGGUGCGGCUCCACAAGGAGCCCUACUCCUUCUACCCCACCGACAACUGGUACUGCAGCUUCGUGGAGGUCGUCUCCCCACACGGCCAGAGCUACCGCUUCCCCUGCUACCAGUGGGUCGAGGACUACUGCACCCUGGAGCUGCGGGAGGGCAAAGGCCAGACAAUUUGUAACAAUGCCGAUUCCCCGUUGCUGCUGGAGCAGCGGCAGGCUGAGCUGAAGCACCGACGCAAGUGCUAUGGUUGGAAGGAGUUCGCCCCUGGACUGCCUCGGUGCCUGGAUGUGGACAACAUUAGUGAACUGGACUGUAACAGCAUGUACUCCUUCACCAAGAGCACCAACGUCCUGCUGCGUGGGGCACGCGCGAAGGUGGAGCUGCAGCUGAAGGGUUUCCUGAACUGCACCAAUUCCUGGGCGAAGCUGGACGACAUCAACAAGGUUUUCUACUUCAACAAAACCCCAAUCACAGAGUACGUGCGGGCGCACUGGCGAGAGGACACAUUCUUCGGGUACCAGUUCCUGAACGGGGUCCACCCGGUGGUGAUCCGGCACUGCAUGGAGCUCCCCUGCAACUUCCCCAUCACGUCAGCCAUGGUGGCCUCCUCCCUGGGGGAGAGCACCAGCCUGCAGGACGAGCUGGAGAAGGGGAACAUCUUCCUCGCGGACUAUAAAAUCCUGGAGGGCGUCCCGGCCAACAGGAUCAAUGGCUACCAGCAGUACAUCGCCGCGCCCCUCUGCCUGUUGCACCUGCAGCCCUCUGGGGAGCUCAUCCCCGUGGCCAUCCAGCUCAGCCAGUGCCCAGGCCCUGACAGCCCCAUCUUCCUGCCCAGUGACUCCGAGUGGGACUGGAUCCUGGCCAAGACCUGGGUGCGCUACGCCGAGUUCCUGGUGCACGAGUCCGUCAGCCACCUGCUGUUCACCCACCUGAUCAACGAGGCCUUCACCCUGGCCACCCUGCGCCAGCUGCCCAUGUGCCACCCGCUCUUCAAGCUGCUGCUGCCCCACACCCGCUACACGCUGCACAUCAACGUCGUGGGAAGGACCCAGCUACUUGGAUGUGGAGGGAUCGUCGAAAGGGCCAUAGGCUUGGGGCUCGAGGGGACCAAGGUGCUGAUGGCCAAGGGCACAUCCGGCCUGACCUAUGCCUCCCUCUGCUUCCCUGAGGACAUCCAAGAGCGUGGGGUUGACUGCAUUCCCAACUACUACUACAGGGAUGAUGGGCUGAAGAUCUGGUCAGCCACUGAGAGCUUCGUCUCCGGCAUCGUCAGACACUAUUACCGCAGCGACGCCCACGUCCUGGCUGACUGCGAGCUGCAGGCCUGGGCAGACGAGAUCUUCCGUGAAGGCUUCCUGGGGAACGAGGCGUCCGGUUUCCCCUCAUCCCUGCAAAGCAUCCCUGAGGUCAUCCAGUACCUGACUAUGUGGAUCUACUGCUGCUCGGCCCGGCAUGCUGCCCUCAAUAAUGGGCAGUAUGACCAUGGUGCCUGGAUGCCCAACUUCCCGGCCACCAUGAGGAACCCCCCACCCCAGGCCAAGGGCACCACCUCCCUGGAGAGCUACCUGGACACCAUCCCGGAGGUCAACAGCACCAGCCACAUUGUCCUCACCCUUUGGGUCCUCUGCUGCAAGCCGGUGGAUUCGAGAUCCCUGGGCACGUACCCUGACGAGCACUUCACGGAGGAGGAGCCCAAGCGGCUGAUCGCAGCCUUCCAGGGGCGCCUGGCCCAGAUCUCCCAGGACAUCCAAGAGAGGAACAAAUCCCUGCCCAUCCCCUACCACUACCUGGAUCCCCACCAAAUUGAGAACAGCACAUCCAUCUGAGUCCGACCGGCGAGCCCCAGGGACGGGCCCCCUGCGGCCACUGGCUAUGCUGUCCCUGUGAUCCUGUCCCGGGAUCAAUAAACCUCAGCCUGGCUCCACUCUGAAUGGCUGAUUCUGUCUAGUGGGAUGUGAUGUUACUGACAACAUAGACCAUUGUUGCAACCACUGUUAUAUAUUUGCAGCAAAUAUUGUACAAAGGUUGUUGUGUAAGGUGUCUAUGGAAA